CCGCGCAUCGGUGAGGGUGUUGUGUCGCCCUCUCUCGGCAGUCCUCUCGUACGGUGUACGCGUGUGUGCGUACUAGCGAACGGUUGUCACGCGAGCCUCGCCACGUUGUUUCUCCCCGUCUUUUCAUUUCCAACGAUGUUCUGGGUUCGCUGACUGGGACGAACGAUCGUCGGCGCGGAGGACACAGUGAAUAGUCGUGCGCGCGUGUUUGUCGUCGACGUGCAGGUCGAAAACGCGGAUCGUUCGAGGCACGGCCAGUGCGGGAGAUAGAUCGUCUUCGGUGUAAUCUGGCGUUGACGUAACCUACCCCAACGUAACUUUUGUUUGGGACAUCGGUGAGCCCGCGCGUACCACCCUGCCCGUCCGUGUCGGCCGUCUCUCGCUACCGUUUCUCGCUUGUGCUCUACCCCCUCCCUCACGGUCUCUCGUGUAUGUGCCCACUUUUCUGGAGUGUGUGCGACUGCCCCCACAGCGAGAGCGACUUCACGCGUUUACCCGGUUACUCGGACACCGAAACAUGCAGUGAAACGUACCGCUUCCCAAGACGUACCAGUAUCAGAUAUCGGCGAGAACACUCACCACCUUGCGGCCAUCGCGAUGCCAGGAACGUGCUUGAUGACCGAUGCGGUCAGGAUCGUCGACAGUUAGUGAUGAGGAGGAGCAAGUUGUCGGCGUGCCGAUGGCCCAGGUCACCAGUAACAUGCCGGUCCUCCUACCCAGACCAGACCCAGGCUCCCUUCGAGGACUUCUAAUCGGCGCUUUUCUUCUCUUGUCCUUGACACGGUGUCACUGCUACGACUUAGGACAAUGUACCGCGCCGCUGGGUAUGGAGAAUGGCGAAAUCCCCGAUGAAGACAUAUCGGCCAGUUCUAUGUACGAUCCCAGUCUUGGUCCGAAACAUGCCAGGCUGAGACAGGACAAGGGUGGCGGCGCUUGGUGUCCGAAAAAUAUGGUCACGAAAGAGGGGAAGGAGUACCUCGAGAUCAAUCUCCACAGUGCGCGUAUACUGACGUCGACCAGGACCCAGGGCAGAUUCGGGAACGGCCACGGUGUCGAGUACACCGAAGAGUACUUCGUCGAAUAUUGGCGGCCGGGGUUCAACAAGUGGGUGCGAUGGAGGAAUCGACGCGGCAUGGAGCUUCUGGCGGGAAACAAUAAUCCGUACACGGAGAAGGAGCAAAUCUUCGAUCCAGCUAUCGUGGCAACAAAAAUCCGUUUCAUCCCUUAUACCUCCCACAUGCGCAUGGUAUGCAUACGGGUCGAGCUCUACGGCUGUCCAUGGAUCGAUGGCCUGGUGUCCUACUCCAUGCCCCAAGGAAUUAAGAGAGGCUCGGAGGUUGACCUUUCCGACAGAACGUACGAUGGCCGGGAGGAAGGAGGUUACCUCUCCGGGGGACUCGGUCAACUUGUCGACGGGCAAAAGGGUCCUGACAACUUCAGAUUGGACGUCAGCGGUAACGGGAAAGGGUAUGAAUGGGUGGGUUGGAGAAAUGACACACCCAGUAUGCUUGGACGUCCCGUUGAAAUAACCUUCGAAUUUGAUUACUCGCGUAACUUCACUGCCAUACACCUACAUACAAACAACUACUUCACCAAAGAUGUUCAGGUCUUUUCGUACGCGAAGGUUUAUCUUGGCGCUGGAGGAAAUCAGUUUAACGGAGAGCCGGUCCAGUUCUCUUACAUACCUGAUCUGGUGUUAGAGCAGGCACGUGAUGUUACCAUAAAGCUUCACUCACGUGCUGGCCGCUUUCUGAAAUUGCAGCUGUAUUUCGCGGCUCGGUGGAUUAUGCUCAGCGAAGUAAUCUUUGAAUCAGUAAUCUCCGAAUGGAACAACACCGAGGACGAGGAGCCGAGGAACAAGAGUGGCAUUGUAUUGGCGACCGGCAGUCCCUAUCAGAAUAACGAGGGUCCGUUGCAGAGAGACGAAGUAAAGGCCACUUUUAAUAAGGAGGAAAACAACGAUAAUGCCCUUCCAGAAAAGAGUAAGGAACCGGAAUCGAAACAGUUCGUCGGUCUGGUGAUCGGAAUCCUAACAACGGUGAUCGUAAUGCUACUGGCGGCCAUCAUGUUCAUUUUCUACAGAAACAGGAGACUCAAAGCUGCCCUCGCGCCAUCGACAUUCUACGAUCAACACGGGGAUCUAAAGGUUUCCGUGCAGGAGGAGGGCGAGGACAAGGGACCAAUUUGCCCUCCGCUUCCGGCGCAGUACCACGCGGCUGCCUACACCACGACGACACCGCAGCUACACAAAACUAUCACGGAUUACAGCGGGAUCACGGAGGUGCAGCCGGUUAUUCCGCUGUUGCUGAACACGGCGAUCAAUCUUGCCAGGCCAAUUCCCCCGGUUCAAGAAUAUCCUUCUAACCCGCCGCCCAUACCACCGCCGCCGGAAAAGUAUUACGCCAGUACGGAGAUCUGCAAGAAUUCUCUACCACCGUUGCCGCCAUCACCCACACCGAGCACGCCACCGCCAAUGAGCGCGAAAGCCUCUAGUAGCAUGACAAGCUACAGUCCCGAGGAUAUGCUUACGGAGGAGGAAGACGAGGUGCCCGAGUGCAUCUUAGACUUCCCCCGGGAGAAGCUCAACAUCGUUGAAAACCUCGGCUGCGGAUACUUCGGCGACGUUCACAUUUGCGAGGUCGACAGGUUUCCCGGAUACGACGAAGUUUUCCGGAACACCAGCAGCGACCUCGUGAUCGUUAAGUCCCUGAGACCCGGCUCCUCGGAUGCGCUUAGGAUAGAAUUUCAACAGGAGGCAAAAAGACUGGCACGGCUGGCCGAUCGGAAUGUCGCGCGGCUACUCGGCGCCAGCCUCGAAGACGACCCCAUGUGCAUCGUAUCGGAAAACGGCGAGUACGGGGAUUUGAAUCAAUAUUUGCAGAGCCACAUCGCUGAAACGUCGACCGUGCACACUGCUAAGACCCUCAGUUUCGGCACGUUGGUUUACAUGGCCACGCAAAUAGCAUCCGGCAUGAAACAUCUCGAGGAAAUGGACUUCGUGCAUCGGGAUCUCGCCACAAGAAACUGCUUAGUGGGCCGUGGUUAUUUGGUGAAAGUGUCGGAUCUUGGUUCCGGAAGGAACGCCUACGCCGCUGACUAUUUCCGGGUCGAAGGUCGACCUCCACUGCCAAUUCGGUGGAUGGCUUGGGAAUCCAUGCUGAUGGGAAGGCACACGACAAAAAGCGAUGUUUGGGCAUUCGCAGUGACGCUCUGGGAAAUUUUAACGUUCGCCAGGGAGCAACCAUUCGAGGAGCUACCCGACCAUCGUAUCGUUGAGAACGCGACGUAUUUUUACCAGGAGGAUGAGAGGAGGAUUAUCCUACCGUUACCGAAGAACUGUCCCAAAGACGUAUACGACUUGAUGCGCGAGUGCUGGCAGAGGAACGACGCGGACCGGCCGAACUUCCGUGAGAUCCACCUAUUUCUGCAACGGAAGAACCUCGGCUACAAGCACGGCGACUCGAACGACACCUGAUACAGAGAACUGGAAGGCUGGAAUCUGAUCCGGCUUUCUAUGAUCGGCGAGCUGAACGGAAAUUGGUGGCACAGCCCCUCUACGACCAAGCUCCACCAACAAACCAGACCAAGUUAGUACCUAGGAUGACCGAAUCGUACGAGAGAAGACGAUCCUCGGAUCAUCCAGGGGGGUAGGUAAGAAUCGCCGUUCACGAUCAUCUUGCAGCAGUUCAUCGAUUUGCCACUGCGAACCCGUUCGAACCGCGUGAUCUUAGUCACUGACGAUUCAAACAUCAAUUUUCUACACGACGAUCCGGAGUUCUCGCGCGGGUCACCGCGACUUCAUUAGCGCGAUCGUUUUAAUACACCGAGCGAUCGCUGGACCGCGAGGAGUAUUCGCGCGACUCGCAUCCGAGAAACUCGCGUUUCACCGAACGCUUGUAAUCAACGAGGUUUCCGAGUUUCCCUGGAGGGGUACACAAGAGUGCACAAUGUUCAUCGCGCGCGUUUACGCCGCGAUUAACAGGAACGCGAACGGAUUUGUAUUUAUAGUUGGACUGGAGGUCGGAGGAUGAUUCCGGCGCUCGAUACGAAACGGGACGUUCCUAUCGUGGGCCAAUAGUCGAUGAGCACGUUCGAUAAAUCGCACACACGCUGUCCUGAAAUUAAUACUGUCGGCAAACAAGCUUGCGAUACCCACCGCCAACGACACCCGCGUCACGUUCGGAGUACACGUGGCCCAGACUUUCUGGAUCGUGGGAGACACGACGUUCUUCGCGUCGCUUAAAGGUCCAAUUAUACAAGACCGCGCCGUGUCUGUAUCGUGUUCCAGUCGCACUUCGAGCGCAAAUCGGUUACCGUAGUUUUACACGGAACUGUUUAUAUUAGACUGGCUCGAAUGUUUCUUUCGUUUUAUUCAUACUCAAUGGAUGCACUAUACUUUACGUUUCGUGUCAUGUUCUUGAAUUAUGCACAAUCUACUUUGAUCGUUUUCUUUCAUCUCUUCGGAAAUCUUUCCGAAACAUCUGUCAUAAUAGACACUGCAAAGGCACGAGAGAAACUUAUAGGGCAACCUAAUAUGUCUGUGCCGUGUCCGUUGCUAUCCAGGCAUGCCCGGUCGUAUUUGAUAUCGAUAUUUCUCCGGUUUACCAGCCGGGCCACGGAAAGACACUGCCAUAGUACGAAUAUGGAUGAACAUUUGUAGAUGUCCUAUCCGUAAAGUAUUGACUCAAAGACGUUUCUCUUGUAGUAUUAAGUAUUGCAAUAUUGAGUCAUUCUAAAACAUUCACGGGACUUUUCUUCGUGAUGUAUUAAUUAUUUGUAAAUAUCAAAUUCUCCUUUUUCUUUAGGCUUCUGCCACUACAUAUGAACACUAUAUCACGUUCUCUUUCCUUGCUGCGUUUCUUCUUCUUUCUCUUCAUCCAAGAGCAUGGCUAUGAUAGCUAACUCUUUCGUCAAAAAUGACGCCUCGGAUGAUCUCUAAACGUACGCGAGUACUAAUGCAUUGAUACACGGACUCAGCUUUGAGACGAAAUAGCCACGGCACGGUCUUGUAUAAAGCCAUCUUUAACCUCUUGCCAUAUAAUGACGAAUGAGGCACGCGAUAAGAAUUUCCAGGUCGGUCUAAUAAAAGUCAAUGUUAUUUCGUUGCACGUAGGUUCCAAGUGAAAGAUCAUUUUAUUAUUAUCAAAGUUUUACCUUCAAAGCAAAUGCACACUUGACAGUGAACAGAAAAUUUGUUUUCGAUCUGGUAAAUUUAAUAGUUAUUAAUGGUAAUAAGAUCUAACAGGCAUAGUCGCGAAGAAAAUUGUAUGGCAAGAAGUUAAUUAUUUCCGGGAUGUUAUUUCUUGCGCCCCAGCGCAUCCGUCCGUUUCUUUUCGUCGAGGAAUGCUGUUUUAUAUACCGGCUUUUGUUUUGAGAAAAAAGUUUCUGGGUUUGGCACAUUUAAAAGAAAGGAUGCUUUAAUCCUUUGUGGAUGUGAACGUUGUUAAGUACUGUUAAAUCUGAAUACUAUUCAUUAAAAACUUGAAUGUUGAGAAUUAGAGUAUGCACAGUAUUCAUGAGUUAAAAUGAAAAAAGUUUUUUUUGUCGCGACUGGACUGCGAAUGCUUAUUUAACAUUUUUGAAUAUCGACUUUUGAACAAGAUUUGCCAGAAUUGUAUUUUUUGUGUUAAAGGUCUUAUUACGUAUAUAAUUAUUAUGUUGAAUAAAUGAAAUCCUUCGUAAUAUAAUUGCAGGAGAUUUUCAACAUCGCAAGCAACGGUUCGCAAAUUUUGAAACACUCAUUCGUAAAGGGUUAUUUAAGAGCAGAAGAGUGAUGGGAGGUGGAUCAUUGGUUAUUGGAAAUAGGGAAGAAUUAAAGUAUUACUAAUUGACGAAGUUUGUUGUUGUGUUUGAUUUUGAAAAGAAGGGAAAUAGAAUUGGAAUUAGUUGUCUUUAGAAUUGUGCAAAGUGGAGAAAUGUAUAAUAAUGAUAUGAAGGAGUGUGGAUUUCUAGAAAACAAUAUUAGUUUUUAUUUAUAUGAAUUAAUUUCAAAGGUGUUUCGUAUGUCCAGCAAAUACAUUUUUUACAGCGUGAUUCUUAGUUUACGUCAGGAAAUUUUUUAAACAUGUUUUUUAUGUCAAACUUAUUAAAAAGGAUCUAAUAAAAAGUAAUAAUAAAUCAAAUUAUUUUCGUAAACCGUAUCCUGAGACUGUAUUGCUUGUCUGUCCGUAUUCAUUAAAUAAAUUUUAUACUGUAUCAUAAAUUCUCGUUUUCAGCUUCAUAUUGGUACGUAAAAUAAAAUAAAUAUUUCUCGAAAUUAUUUUCAUCCUGUUACUAAUAGAAGCUGUAUUGCAUAUGUUCUGUUAGCAAACUUUACUUCAAAGAAAAAUUAAACAACUCUUCAAAAACAUGCGACUAAAAGAAAUUCGAAUCAUUUUAAAGAAUAAAUACAAUAUAUUCUGCUUUGCCAUUUAGUAAUUCUCCUAUCGAGUAUCUCUCAUAGUUUGAAUAUAUACAACUGGAUUUGAAUAGUAGAUUAAAAAACUCAACGAUUAACAGUUUAAAAUCUGUUAAUCAAUUUUUCAAUGAAUUUGCUUGUCAAUUACAAUCCUAAAAUAAUGUAACAAUUAAAGUAAAUGCACCAACGUAUCAUAUAGUUUUCUAAUAAUUAUUUAAAGAAAUAUGAACAUAAAAUACAAUAAAGCAAGUCCCCAAGCAUCGUAGCUUUAAAAUUCGUCUUCAAAUUCCGUGUGAAAAAUUCACAAUUACCUUGUAGAACGGUUACAAUUUCACAUUCACAAGCUCCGUAACAAAAGGUGCAAUAACCAAGGAUCUAUCGCGUCGCUGCUCCGACGUUCAAAAUGAGUUAAAGCGGCGGAUGGGACACCGAUAAAGUAUUCGGCAAAGUUCGUUAGCUUCGCGAGAACGAAACGCGACUGAAAGUCGUUGGUUCUUUUUCGGCGAGGUUUUAAUUAACCGCCGCUGACGAAGGAGAAACAGACGGACCGCGCGCAGAUUUUGUAUCGGCCGGAAGUUGCACGGCGCUUGGAAACUUAAGAUUGCCGAUUAAGUUGUUCGGUGCGGGCCGGUUAACGAAACGGAGAACCAGUGUCCCGUGACGGGGCAGCUUCGUUAGGGAAAAAGAAAGGAGACGAAAGUGAAGGUAUAUUCGGCCGAUAAGAAUAAAAUUCCUCGAGCCACCUACCUUUAAGUUCCCAAGAAACUACUAAUAAGCUUAAGGUGCGCUUAACCGAAGUGCAUAAAUGUUUGACAAUACCAAUAGAGGUUGCAGUAUAAAAUUCGUAUAAAUAUAUACAUACAAAUAUAUACAUAUAUAUGCAUAUAUAUAUGAAUAUAUAUAUAUAUAAUAUAUACGAAUAUAUAAUAUUAUCAGUAUAACUAUAUUAUAAAUAUAUUAUAUAUAUAUAUAUAUGAUAUAUAUAAAUAUAUAUAAUAGAGCGUGUAAAGAAUGUUGAAGAAUUAAUCGAUAGUAUAAAGAAAAUGAUUAGCGAAACGUCGUUUAUAAGGCUUCGCAUUCCUCUCGGCGGUCGAGCGACCGUUUUGUGCUCGUUAAACCCCCUUAUCGAUUUGCAAAACAUGGUCGCUGUCCCGAGAAACCGAGUCCGACGAAACCAUGGAGUCGGAUAUAUCGUGUGAUUCUGGUCUAGGGUAUUCGUAGAUGGUUAGAGGGUGGGGGGAGAUGAAGGAUGUAGAAGGAGAAGCUGUCGUGUGACCUGAAGUUAAGUUUAUAGGAAAGAACAAGCUCGUUCCAUUUAGCCGAUAGAUAUUCUGGUUUGCUCCGUAAAUAAGUACUAAUAUCUCGGUCAUUCAAGGUAGCAUCGAAAACAUCUUCAUGUCAUAAAUUAAAUGUUGAUUCGUAUUCUUACUUUCGGAGUAUUUUCAGAAAGGACAGUUUUUGGUUUUAGAUACAUGUUCUUCAGGCUAUUGAUAGCUUGAUAUUACAUUAAUAUUUCAACUUGCGAGCACUAAAAUCUUAAGAUGAAAAUACGUUUUCUUCAUUUUUUCAUUAACUUUUUGCAGUUAUCUUGGCGUUUGUUUGUAUUUUAAUUCCUUGAGUGGAAAGGACGAAUCUCGCCUGCACGUGCUUUCCGCACGAAAAUUGAUUUUUGUACAUUUUACAAAUCUGCCAUGUCGUAAACAAAAUAAUUUUCUUAUUUUCAUAAGUAAAUUUAAUUAAACUUGUAAUACUACAAUUUUAUCUACAAUAACUGUAUCAAUAAAAUUGGAACAAGACUAAGUAACGUAAGCAGAAACAUCCGAAUCGAAAUAAAUCGUAAGGCAAAGGGUUAACAGUUUUUGAGGUAGACUUUGAACGCAUCGAUUUUCAAGGGAUAACUAUUACUCUAUAAACUUGAGUAUGUGUCAUUAAAAAAUAUAUUUAUUCUUUCUUGUUUAGUUGUUGUACGAAUUUAUAAUAGUUAAUCAAAAUCGAAUGGGUUAUAUAACCUUCCUUGUUAGAACUGAUCUUGUUCAUGCCGGGUAACAACAGGCUUUGGUUUUUCAUAAUAUCAUAAUAUUAUAAUAUUAAUUUUAUAAUAUCGUAAUUAUAACAAUGGAAAAGGUUCAACAUAAGAAUGUAAUCAUACAAAGUUAAUCAUUUUCUACUAUAUAUAUAUUGGAUUUAUAUUAGUAAAUUUCAUUUUCGAUUAUGGACCUUACUUAGCCAAGAUGUUUAAGCGUUUUAAUGAUAAAAAAUGUACCCAUUAUGGAGUAUUAAUAAAUAUCGGACACAAUAAUUUUCUUAUAAUUUUUAUGCUAACUCCGUACUUUAAUUAUCGCGUGACAUAAUUUUCAACAAGGAUCAAUUGAUCUAAUUUUAUUCAUUCUUUACUAGUGUUCUUCCCUAAUUUUUGUAUUAUAAACAGCUCAACAAAAUAUAAAUCUACGAACUGAAAUUUGGAAUGACGUGCAAUUAUAAUUAUACUGAAGUAAAUUGAAUGUUAAUUAUUUUUACAAAACAUUAUCUAUAUUAAUUCGUUUAUCGCAAUAUUCAUAUCAGAUUCAAAUAAUCCGGAUGAAUAUUAAAUUCUUAUAUUUAAAAUGAAAAUUGUAUUAUCUUCACACGUAUUUGUCGAACCAUUAUCUAUCGGGUAUUGGAUCCGAGGUGUUCAACGCGGAACAAUGAAGAACUUAUAUCUGUUAGAACGAAUUGUGUCGCCAAACAGGCGUUGGAACAAAAGGUAAACCGAUGUGUUAUUAUGGAAUUUAUGACGUUACUCUACUAACCAGUCACUACAACAAUCUAUAAAAUAUAAAUCGCCGUAAGAAACAUAAAUGACGUACAUAUGCGCGGCUGGAAGUAGUUCUGGUAAGAGGACCAACGGUCGGUUAACUAAUUAUCAUCAACUCGCAUCAUAUUAUACAUACAUAUAUAUCAUUCCAAUGAAAAUACAACAGUGUUUCGAAUUAUAGGACAAAUAUAGAUAUUGAAGUCCUUUUACAGGACUACGUUCGUCGCUCCAUAAAUUAAUCAAGAGAUAUCAUUUUGAAUAUGAAAAUUCUACGAUAUUGUCUAUAAUGUGACGUUGGUAAUUUAAUAUGAUGAUUAUAAAGCUAAGGAUCGAUAUAGCGGUAAGGAAUACUGCCACUCUAUUAGGAGAACCUAUAUAAUAUCGAGCGAGAUCUCAUACGAGUCGAUUCCUGAUUCGGCUCGUUGACGAAGGAUAAUCGAUUCAUUUGGCGGCGCGCGUGACGAGCGUUCCAAUCUCGCGGAAACAAUAAGGGAAAACAAUAAAGGAUAACUGGGGAAAAGUGAUCACGGUCGAUCGUACAGAACGUGACAUGUUGUGUCGCGAAGGAUUGAUGUACAUAUCUACUUUGAUGAGCUUAAUGAAAUGUAUUGGCGGCGUACGUGGUCGAUUUAAUGGGCGCCUUCUGUACGAUCGAAUUGUCUACGGGAAAAAGUAUACACACAGCCCUUCCUACAAAUUGAAAUGAAAAAUGUAUUUGUGUUUUUCCAUGCAUAAAAACAAAGAAAGGAAGAUACGUGGGAUUUUUGUGGGAAUUCUGAGAGACAACGAGUUAACUCAUCAAGUGCAUAUUCAGUAGUAUCUUUUAAGUUAAAAUUUCUUCUAUUGUUAAUUUUCUUCAAACUUCUUAUAUUUUUUGGAUUAGUCAUUUAAAUUAUUAAAUUCAGUUGUGUGAUAAUAUUUUUUUAGCAACAUUACUUGCGCUUUAUUUACAUGUAUUACAAUAUAAUUCGUUACACAUCGUUUUUAUGAAUUUUUUACUAGAUCCAUGCGGAUUUGUAUGAUGCAAAAUUUAACGGCUUAACAGAUUACAAGAGUCCUGUCUUUAUGAAAACUAUUUUUUUUUACGUGAUAAUUAAGCGCUCCAGCACUGUCUAUUCAGGUGAUGGAAUCGCGAUGAAAAUUAAUCGCCAAAAUUGGAUCACCUAUAAAAGGAGCUUUAUUAAUCAAGAAUUGAAUAUCAUUUCAUCAACAUAUCAUUCAUUCGACAGUGCAAUAUUUGAUGUCCGAUAGGGACGUGAAUGUUGCAAAUAUUUCGAUUAAAAAUAUUCACGUACUAAAUCGAAAGAGAAUAACAUCGAGAAAGAAUUUCAUUGUUUUGUAAAUAUUAUGAAACGAACACAUAUCCGGCGUAAAUCGUUCUUUGAUCGUGUUCCACGAUGUGUUUCUCUUUGUAGGAAGAAUUCCUACCGUGUGGAGCGCGCGUUUAAGAAGUGAAAGAAUGAGAGAGCGUGUAAGAGAGUGAUAGAGACAGAUAUAAAUAUGCAUAUAUUAUAUAUAUAUAUACAAGUGAAUAAUCGUUGAGGGUUAAGCGACAGAUUCAUUGAACGAAGUAAAUUCACUGAACUAAUCGUUCCCAAUGUAGCGAUAAUCUUAUGAGCCGUGAGAAACACUUUGUACAGUUUGUAAUAACGUAAUCGCAAGUAUACGCGGCAUAGUUCACACCUCCACCGAGAAAGUGAUUAAUCGACUGUCUCCAUUGUACGUUUUUAUUCUUUGGAGGAAGCGCGACCGGCGGAAGAACGAGGUUUCGUUCCAGAAUACGAAUUUUAUACAUUAAAUAUGCUUCCCGCGUGCUACUCGGGAUAAUAUAAACAACUCUAGGUAAAUGUUUCAUUAUUAUUUGUGUACAGUUUUUAUUAAUUUGCGUUUAAGUACGUUGACAGUGGACACAAAAGAAGCGAAAGUUUAAUUUGGAUAUAACAAACGCAUAAGUGAAAUUACAUUUAAUUGUCGAAACAAAUUAUGAUAUUGCAGUAUUGAAAUAAUUACUUUUAAUUGCUCGGCGAUUGACACGUUUUCCCAAGCAAUUGAACAUCGAACAAGUGUUUACAAAUAUUCAAGUAAAGUUAUUAACAGUUGCUUUUACUUAGAUGAAUGUUUAUACGUCAAAGGACCCUUUUUUUAUUUCUCAUUGAAUAUUCGGGUGGUUUCUGUGGUUUUUGUUAGAAGAGUUCUUUUUUCUGAGGGAUUUUAUUAAACCUUAUAUUGCAAUGUUUUCUUAAGACCAAUACUUAAAUUUUCAAAAUAAUACAAUAAAUCUUGUUUUUAAUAAGAUAUUAUUCAAAUCGAUAUCAAUGAAAACUAUUUUAUUAUGACGAUUAUAAAUUGAAAACUUGGUUUUUUCUUGAAAUUUUAGUUCUUUUUGUUCACUAUGCAUGUCAAAAUAUUUAUACGUGGAAAAUUUUGUUGCAUUUUUUAGAACGCAUAAAAUUACUUGUGUGAUCGAGGUCAAAUAACUUGCUCCCAUUACAUCGAUUAUAUGGUACUUGAACAAGUUUUUCAAAAAAAGCAUGAUUGAUUAGCCGAAAGAAGAUUGGUGCUUAUCUGCAGAAACUAAUGGAUCAUACUUUGACUUCAGUUGCAGCAAAAUUGAUUGACCCCUUGAGAACAGGAAGCAUUGGCCAUGCUUGCUUACUUCGUCAAUCUAUGUCGUGUGUCAACGUAUUUCUCCGUUCUUCUAUCCAUUUAAGCAAACCUUAGCGAAGAAACUUCGAUUAUGAUCGGAACCCGUCGUUUUAAAAGGUUUAAUAUCACAACACAAUUUUCCACAGAGAUCUCCGUUCAGUCAAAUAUGAAAUGGUCAACGGUUAUAUUGGAACUAUCUAUGGAACAUUGUAUUUACUCACAAUAUACGAGUAUAUAAAAAUCGUUUGACGAAUCUGGCUUCGCGUAAUCAAAUUUAAUUUCAAUAAAAGCGGAAUUACAGACUCUAUCCACAGCAAAUAUUUACUAACAUUUUGGUUUCUAUUAUUUUUACUCAUCCCUUCAACUAUUAAAGUCACAACCAAUUAUUCUAAAUUAUAGUUUUUGUAUUAAAACUUUGACAUAUGUUAGACACUUUUCAAAGUAAUAUUAAUAGUUUAGGUGUGGAAUGUAAAGUUCCGCAGUGCACUGUGAGAAUUGUUUAUCAUUGUAUUACAACGUGUAAUUAUAUAUAGAAAGUAACCUGAACACAGUAAUUAUCUAGCAAUGGAAAACUAAUUGAUUUAUUUAAAAAAUUAAUGACAUUAAUCAUCCAAAGUUAAAUUUGAAGAAGGUUAUUCGGAGCUAAAAAAUGAAGGAAUUAAAGAACAAGAGUUUGAAGGUUCUAAUGUUCACGAUGAGUUAAAAAAUUGUUUUAAUAUUUAGUUAAAUGCUCGUGAUUCAAAAAUUGUAUAUUAACCAUAUAUAUUGUGAAAUAUAUAGGUACGUGAUUAUUUUUACUAUAGAUUAAGUUAAAAUAAUUUUUAAUCUCAUUGAAACAGAAAACUAUUAUUAGACACUUGAAAUUAUAACAAUAAAUCGUUUUAUGGAUAAUGAAUAUGAAAUAAUAAAAUUACUUUUCUAAAUUACCGAUUACUACUAAAAUUACCGAGAAUUAAUAUUGUUUUCUACCUUACAGUUAGUGCUCUUCACAGGAAAUAAAACACAAUUGCUCUUUAUAAUUAAUUAAAAACUUUAGAUUUCAUUAAAAAAAAACAUAGUCCAAUCUACACGUCCACAGAAAAGUUCCUUACAUUAAAUGAAACGUUCUGAAUCUUAUAAUAACUCAAACAAGUGAUCUGGCAAUACACGAAUCCUUACACUUCACGCAACAAGUAAUCAAAUAACACAACGCAAAUUAGCGUACACAAAUUCAUAUUUUAUUAUUUAUUUAAACCUGGUGCACAAAACUGCAAACUACAAUAAUUUUACGAUAUCUGGAGCAACCAUCCCAAACAUUUUUCUAUACAAACAUUGAUACGAACAUCUAGACACGCGACGAAAAGACGCAGUACGUCUUUCCAGCGGAAGAAGUUAAAGCCCUCCGCAAUGAAAGGGUAGAAACUUACAGUCCUCGCUUUAUGAAGAAUGAAAAAAAUGCAUUAGAUGAGCAUGCAGCUGACCAGGCAUUGUAAAGGACGAACGAAAGUGUAAUUUCACUGGGAUCUCGAAAAUCGAAUGGACCGUUCUUCCGCCGCGCGCGCCGCGGAGGGCGACCGUCCCUCCUCCGUGAACGAGCUUUGUUUUUCCGCGCGCAUAUUCACGCAGCGGUGGCGUACGUUCAGCUUUCGGCGUCUGCCGGCUUGGGCCGUCGGUCGCAAACAAAAGUCGGAACACGGAAGUGCCGCGUACACGGGAAUUCCGCAUUCGCCGAUGGAAUUUAAUAUCCGCUGCCUUCGUUAUGAAACACGAUCGUGCUUUUUCUCCCCUUUCAUCGGCCGGCCGCGAGCUUUCGUUUUUGCAACCCGAUAGGGGCACAACGGGGCCGAAUUGAUAUCUUCGCUCGAGCCGACGGAUUUUGGCGAGCACCGAUAAACCGCGGGCCUGCUCGGGUGUCCUCGCGCGGAUCUUCUUCACCCUCCUGUUCCCGAUCAACGAUGCGACUGUUUGUGUUCGCCUCGACGCUGCCGGUCUGAUUUUUUCCCUUGCUGGACGGAAAUUUCGCUUCGCCCGAUAUCGCGACCGAUAUUUCGGCUUUCCCGAUGUUUGCUUCUGCGUGCUGUGUGCGCGUAAUUCGUUCGAAUACUUUCGUUAUUAAUUUCUGCGCGCUGCGGCGUUAUUGGUUUCUUGUGGACUCACGGGUUACUUUCUGCGCGUACGGACUUUUGUAUGCUGGUAUGAAUGUGGUAUUGUUUUGUUGUUGGUAGCCUGCGGAUGCUUCAGCGAAUGUAGCUUUUUUGAGUAUGAUUCAUUCUCGCAGACUGGUAUCAUGGGCAAUGGCGUCGGAUGCGUAACGAGAGUUGUCUGGUGUAACCCUUUGCGAUCGGUGUCAUUUGUAAUUUGUCUGCGAAGUCGGCAUCGCUAAUUUGGCGGCGUGAUCUUGUUUUGUCUGUAUAGGUGUAAAAAUUAAAUUUUUUUUAUUUUUAUAUACUACAGCUAAUAUUAAACAAAAUAUAUCAGUUUCAAAAUAUUCUGUGCUUUUUUUUAAUGUUCAUAUGUUUAUUAUAAAUCACUUAUGAAGAAAUAACUUCAAGUAGUUGAAUUUGCUCCGACUAGCUGGUAGUUCCAAUAAAGAAAUAUACCGAUGGCAAAGGGUUAAUGAAAAUGGACACUGCAGUGAAGUUUGUUAACACUUUAUUAAUCGGUAUUGUAUCAUUUCACAUGGUCGUAUAUGUACAAGCUGCCCAGUUGAAGGAGAUUAUUUAGAUAUUUUUUUUAUUUUCAUUUUGAAUUAAGAUAUUUAAGUGAUUUCCCAAGAAGCAUAUGGUAAAUGACUUUCUCUAGCCGAGGCAGCUUAUGUAUUAAAAAUUAAGGUAAAACUGCAGUUACUAUCUUUUCUCUAUCUCAACUAUUUCACUAUCAUUUCUUUUUAGAUGAUUUCAUUUUAGCGCUAAAACGAGAAAUCAGUGGGAGGAAGUUCGAAAGGUUACAUAAUUAUUAAGUUAAUAUUAAAUUGACAAAUAUAAAAAUUGAUGUUUUCAUCAACUUUUUCUGAUAAAAGUUUUAUAGCCUUGUACCUUCUGAGAUAAUUGCUAAAAAAUGUUUGUUACUGCUACAUUGAAUUCUAUAUAUAUAUAUAUAUAUAUGAGCGUGUCUGCGAGACAGCCGCAAGCACAGCCCCGCGGUCAUCGCGUUGGCUGUGGUAUACAGCAAUAAGCCCUCAAUCGUUUCCUGUUACGUGUACUCUCAUCGACAAAAAUUCCUACAGUCCCAGUCAAUCGCGGCAGUUUUAUACCCUGUUUUGUAUAUAUAUAGAAAUAAGUUUUACUUAGGCCAAGUAGAAGAGGGGAUCCACCCUGCACCGAUUCUUUUUAUGCAAGUGAAACUUAUUUCUAUAUGCCCAAAAAAAAAUGAACGUACGAAGCUACUGGUACUUUUGUCAGAGAGAAUAUGCGAAACUACGGCUGAUGAACGGUAACAUGUUUAGAAAAAGACUUAUUCCAAAUGAUGACCUUGGCAACAAAUAUCAAAGUCAUUCCAAUUGGUAAGAUUGUUUUCUUUCUGUAUAAUCAUCAAAAAGUUUUACUUUUACGAUUUCUCUUAAUUAAAUAAUAAAAAGUACAUUUUUUAAAUCCCCGCCGAUUGAUUUUUCGUUGUAGUGAUAAAACAGGGCCCUCUAAACAAGAAUAAUAGUAAAAUUAAAAGAAUUGAGGAAAAGCAUUAAACUGCAGUUUUACCAAAAUGAAAUGUCCACACUCAUUUAUUUGUAAUAAUCUUGAAACGAAUUAUUGGCGUGGAAGAAUUGAAUGAAAAAUUGAAAAAUAUUAAUUAUUUACUAUUAAAAUAUUAACAAGUAAAAUGCCGGUAAGUAAAGUGUUGAAUACUUUUAUGUUAUAUUCUUUAGAAUUGUAUACUAAAUGACUUUUUUGUUUAUCGAAUUUGUUAUUAUACAAGAUGAAAAAAAUUGUCUAACAUUUUGAACAUCAGCCAUAUUUUUAAAUAAGACAAAUAAUUUCUGUGUAGAAUAACAUUGCGUAUUACAACGGUCAUUAUACACCAAGAAGAUAUAAGUGCGUGUUGUUAUACUAUCCAUUUCUUUUUUAUGUAAUGAUAUCAUUUAUAAAUGUGUAUGUGCAACCUGUAACGUCGAAGUUAAAAUUUAAAAAUAAAAGAGUUUGUACGACGCUGAUAAUUGCUUUCAAUUUACGGUAUUUAUUAUAGUAUAAAAAAAAAUUAAUAGUCAUUUAAAAUCAGGCAAAACAUUUAUUUAGUGAUAAUUUAUAAUACGACAGUUUAUUGCGUAUAGUUUCUUUUUCAAUGUUAUAUUGUGAACGGUACUGCCAAUUAAAGCAAGUGUCAGCAGUAAACAGCUCUGUGGUUGAGAAACAAAACGACACGAGUCACAUUUUUUAAAAGUUUUGAGUACAUAUCACAAUUAAGGUUCGAGAAUAGAAAUUAUAUUCUCCAAAAACGAAAAAGAAAUUUUUCUUUCAAAAACAAUGGGUGCAGAAUUAUCGAAAUCGACUGUCAGUUAUUGACACAUCGAAUUUUAAAUCGUGAUAUCCCAAAACGGAAAACAUGUGAUCCAGAACGAUUUGCCUAACAGCCACAGGAAUAUCUCCCUUCAAUCACUGUCCACCAAUAAAUUAAUCCUGAAGGGUAUAAAUCGAUGCGAAAGAAUUCCUGUUGAUUUAAAUUUAUAUUUCAGUUCCUGACGACAGAGACAUAUUUUCAAUACCCGUCGUUUACAUUAACGCAAUUCCCUUAUUGUAUAAAACAGGAGAAUAUUUAUAUAAUAAAAGAGAGCUGCGCGAACAACUUCAUUCACGCUGGUAUCAGGUACAAUAUUUGCGUUCAUACGUUUUAUGUUACGUGUCCACGUAAGAAUAGACUUUUGCAAGUUGUUUUCAAUCCAAUACUAACUGUCAAUGAGUCCCAGAUUUUCAUUGACUCGCAAAUUUUACUUUCAAAAGUAAUACUUUCAAGUAGGCAUGUUACACUCGCUGGAAUAGGUAUGUUGCAAUCGUAAUACCAAUCAAUAUCUAAAAUACAGAAGUCUUAUUGUUAGUCAGGUCGUCAAUCAAUCAACAUGUCAUGCAUGAAUGGUCGUAAGAAUUGUCUACGAACCGAUUGUAUUCAGAAAUUUGUAUAAUUCAUUAUCAAAUUACAAAUUUUAAACGCAACAACUAUUGAAAAAAGUCACAAACUUUAUAAUUAAUGCUUAAACUGCUUAUCUUAAUAGAUAUGGCAGUUUGAUUAAUUUUUAAUUUUUCAAAAACACCCUCAAAGAUCAACAUAAGCCUCAAAAUUAAGAAAAAUUGUUAGAAUAAAAAUUUCAUUUCCUUCUAUACAUAUAUCAUAUAAAUCCAAUAAAUUAUUUUUGAACUUUACGUAGCGCAGAAUUUCGAAUGAUAAAAAUGAUAAAUAUUUUUCACGUAUUGUUUACAUAUUUAAAGAACAUAUCCUUUACAACAUCAUUAUGCAGCAACACGAAACUCGAACAACAUAAAAUUUUUCAUUCUAACAAUUUCUUUUUACCUAUUGUAGUAUCCAAGACGUGCACGAAACGUGAGAAACCGCGCAGAGGGUGGUUUCACCCUGGAAAACUAAAAAAUGACACAAGGAGAAUUACGCUGGAAUUUCUACCGAGGCACUCUACAAAUCUUACUGAAUUUCCCUUGCGAGUUAAGUCUAACUAUCUACUGAAAUCUACUAGCUGAAUCUACGACCUAAAUCUGGUUUGCAAUCGCGUUAUAUCGUUUCCAGCGAGAGUAGUAUUACAAUAAUUCAUUGGGAUCCGUCGCGGCGAAGACACGAAA